AUGUGCGAAAGAUUCUGGUGUUCUGCGAGACUUGUGUUUCUCUCGUCGCCGAACAAUCGUAGUGUUCUGCGCGGGUCACCUCGAUCCGACCCAGCGUGUCAUCUUCAGCAGACAGGAUCGCAGCGCAAGAUGGUAACCUCGCGCAGGCGACGCACCCAACAGGCCGACCUUGUGCGCACGUCCAGCUCGUACCCGCUAGGAGCUGAACAAGCCUGCAAUCGCAUCCAUCUGUUGUACCCCAACGCUGCUGAAUUUCUCGGGAUGCUCCACUUUCAGGCACAAGAAGUCGCCGAAUGUGCAUUAGCUCAAUGCUACCGGUCCACGGUGCUGGCAAAGCUGUCACUAGUACGCAGGUUCCAACGGGCGGGCUUGAGGGGCAUCGUGGGAACAGCAGCUGGAUGGUUUUGCGCCUUCGCACACGCUAGGGGAGCAGGGAGCAGGACUGGUAAAUGCAUCCAGGCACCGCCAUGCGCUGUAUUGCCCACAGCUAGUAGAAAGCAUCACCCGAGAUCUCAGAAAAGACAUGGUGUUUCUAGUGCACCAUUGGCCAGAAGCAGAAACACCGGCCGGACGAAACUGCGAGAGCAUUCAUCGAAUCAAACACACUCGGGACGGUUCAUCGGCCCAGGAGUGUGUAGUGGUAUCGAGUAUCGAGUCGAGGCGAGAAGGACGAUCAACGGCGCGCCCGUUUCCCAUCGGCGGCGAGGGACUAGGACGCCUUCAGGGACGGAUCUUGGGGACGGAUCUUGGGGACGGUGCUCGACGGUGCACGACGGUGCUGGAUCGAGGACGGAAUGCGGAAACCGUGUAAGGGAGCGGGAGGCGCUCAGGUUCCCUAUUGCUGGGAGACUUGUUCGAAUAGGUGGUAUGGCCCGGUGA